CUCGUCUAGCACGAUUGGCAAUGGUCGAGUUGCUGUUGUAUGUCUGUCUGUCUGUCUGUCUGUCAGUUUGUUGGCAAUAGACAAGGGAACUCCGAAUGGUCAUGGCCCAUUUCGAUAACUCGGCCAUCACAGCAUCGAGGCCCAAUCUCCGAAGCGAACGUCGAGCGAGGCAUGGUUUGAACUCUGAGGUCGACGACAGAGAUUUCCGGAUCAGGGUCAAGAUUUUGCAGGGAGUGAGCAAGCAAGGGCUUUUUAUGCUUUGCUUCCUUCAUCCUUUCUGACUUUGGGCUCUCUUUCAAUUCUCCUUUUGUCCUAUCUAGAUCAGGCUCACCACACGUCUGCAUGUCCAGAUUCUGGAAGCUGAUUCCACCGUAUGGAGAUGUCAGAACCAGCGAUCCCGGCUCCUCCCGGUGAGGUAUCUGACCUCCAGAAUCCAGAGGAUAUCCUUCAUACGGUCAACUUUGCGACGCAGGUCAUUUGCCUCGUCGUCGUGACGAUCUUUGUGGCUCUGCGCUUCCUUGUCAAGGCGCGCCUGCGAAAGGCCUUGGAGUUGGAGGAUUAUUCGACGAUUCUUGGAUGGGUUCUUUUCGUUGGGUUCUGCGCAAAUAUGAUUAUUCUUGGCAACUACGGCGGAGGCUACCACGCAUGGGACGUCUCGAAGAGCGACAUGAUCAACUUCCAGAAGGCCUCUUACGCCGUAACCCUCAUCUACGUCCCUAUGGUUUUCGUAAUCAAAAUCGCUCUGCUCGCCGUCGUGCUCCGGAUUUUCGCGCCUGACCGCCACAAUGUCAUGAUCGUCUACGGGACCAUCAUCGUCCUUCUCCUCUACUACAUCCCCGCCCUCUUCAUCAAGAUCUUCUUCUGCAGGCCCAUCUCCACGUACUGGUACGGCGCCGAGGUUACUGGUGGAACGUGCCUCGACCAGCGGAAGGUCAUCAUCGCCGAUGCGACGAUCAGCAUGAUUAGCGACUUCUGGAUCCUUGUUCUUCCCAUCCCAAUGCUCUGGUCGCUGAAGAUGAGCCUGAGUAAAAAGCUGCGAGUCGUUGGGAUCUUGGGGGCUGGUGGGCUGGCGACGGGGUUCAGUAUCUGGAGACUGGUCAUGAUGGUCGAUGAGUCGCAGACGCCGGAUACGACGUGGUUUUGGAUUCACUGUGUUUUGACGGGCAACGCCGAAGCCGGCAUCGGGCUAAUCUGCGCCUGCCUCCCCACAUUAAGCUCCUAUAUCGUGAGGCGAAAGCUUAAGUCGCAAAGCGGAUCCGAAAGCUACCGACGCAACUACGAGCUGAACAGCUACAACAAGCUUUCGAGCUCGAAGAAGGGCAGCACGGACCCGAAGAUGGCGUCGUUUGGGGCGUCGCCCACGGACGAGGCGUAUCUGUUCUCGACUGUUGAGGCCGACGCCGGUCGAGAGGACUCGUUAGGGUCGAGUGCGCGGGAGUGUGGUGCUGGUGGGACGAUCGAACGGCCGAUUGCGAUCCAGAAGGACGUUGUUGUUGAGCAGAGCUUCGAGUAUCUAAAAUAAGUGGAGAGGAUUUCAUUUGUGUGAUUCACUGUAAAUGUACGAAUUCAAGGUGAGACGGUGGGUAAAUGCUAGAUGUCUCACUCAUGGUCGUGUUUAAAGACCCAGUGUGCUGUUUAUGAAUGUAAUGAACGACUGAUAUGCUGGUUUCCGACCAAGGAAUGACAAUAAUCCUGCAGUUCUGUAUUCUGAAGCAGGCAAGCUCAGAGAAAUAGAAAUGUACCAGCAAGCACUAGCAGGCUACGAGAGGAGACUUGGUCCAGAUCACCCAUCUAC